UUUAAUUUCAAUCUUGUUUAAUUUGUUUUCAAGAAAUGAGUUUAUCAUGGUUUCUGCGGAGGAUUGCCUUUAUACAGAUACAACGGAAGCUUCUAACAUAACGUCCUUGCAAUCGGACAGUUCUGCGAUCGUUACUAAUACGAAAGAUUGCUUUCCCGAACCUAUAAAUAAGGAGACUGAUGUUUUCAAAGAAUAUAAUUGUACGUAAUCCAGGAAUUUAACGAUUACUGAAACUUAAGCUGUCAAAAUAUCGUGUAAACUUAAUAAUUUAAAAAAUGUAAAUUAAGUACUAUGCAUAUUAAGUUAAAGAAUGUAAAUGUCGCGAGAUACAUUCAACCGUAAACCGUGGUGUACCUCUGGAACAGCAUGGAAUGGCAGAUACAGUGCAGCAGUCACCUAAGAAAGAGCCACCGAUAGACCAGCAUUCAAUGCAAAUUCAAUCCACCAUGCCAUGUUUAUGCCAUGCCCGUGAGAUGUAAUGCAAUCUCAUUUCUAUUCCAUGUAGCAAUUAUUAAAUUACCAAUUCUUGUCUUCUUACAGUGCCUACACUUUACCUCUGAAAUAUAGAAAAGGUAACAACUGCGGCUACUUAAAUCCUUUUACGAUAUAAACACUGGACAUUUUUAUUUCAAGAUCCGUCGCAUUCGAAACCAUUUUGGUGUCCCUUUAAAUGGAAAUGGCCGAAAACAGGAUGCUCGGAAAGGAAGGACACAACAUAUAAAGUAAAAUUGAAGCAAACAAAGUGUCCUCACUAUGCAGAGGUAUAAAUUUUCACGUGGAAGUACGAUUUCUUUCUUUCGGAUUAAUAUUAUUCGUUAUUAUUAUUAUUCAGCCGUAUAUGUGCUGUGAGAUAUCGGAAGGUAUACCAAACAAAAGAAAAUCCGAUGACCCCAAAAUGACCAAACCGCCAAGAAUCGAAAACAAACAUAUAGAUAAAGAAAUGGGGACAAUGGAAAAAAUCGAGAUUUAUUAUUUCGACCAUGGUAACUCUGCUUACUAUCGAACGACGGAUUCACCACCGAUAUUAGCCACUGAAAAAUGCGCAGAGAAGACUGACCAGGCGGCGACUCGUUUCUGGGCUGAGAUAUUCGGAACGAUUCACAUAGGCACCGCUUUCGUGACAGCGUUCAUCCUGCAACUAAUACGCUUCGUACUCUACAGCAUAAUUAGGCCACUCACCGUGGGCGUUUUGCAAAUGCUCGCCGACUACUUUAUAAAACCCUGUCUGUCGAUCGUCUUCAACGCUCUUAUACAACCAGUGUUGAUAUUAUUGUACAAUAUAGCGACGUCUUUGAGGGAUCUCUGCGAGCCUAUCGCUGAGGCGAUGGGUCUGUUCCUAAGGGAGAUCGCCAAUGUAUGCGCGGCGAUUAGAAUUGUAGAAGUGAAACGGUGUUCUCCUUCUGUUCCUUGCACUUAACGAACACAUGCAAAGAAAAGUCGAUCAAAGUUGACUGGUGAGUAUGAAGGAGUUGAUGCUAUUCUAAUUUCGUAUCUACAUAUUUCGUUGCGAGGUAACAGGUGAUAGAAAAGAUGAGUAGACGAUUCGCGAUCGUUUCGCUGACCUCAUCUUGGUUCUGAGAAGCAAGCGAUGAUGAUUCAAUGGUAAUUCAGGAAUACCAAGAUGCCAACCAAACUAGAUGAUAGAACAGCCUAAGCGACACGAGUUUCAACGAAUAUAACACAUGCCUUAACACCAGGUAUAUAUUUGGUAUUACUUUAACUUUACAAUAUUAUUAUCGUUUCAUUCAUUGUGGUUUCAUUAUUUUUUUUUUCAUUUUUUUUUUUACAGAACAAAUUACUUCUUAUAGCAACUAACUUUGUCAAUAAUAAUCAAUAAUCAUCCUUCGUCUCUUUCGUAUAUCUUACUGUUUAAUAAAUUAUGUACAAUCUCACAAACAACAAACGGAGGAACCUAAUUACAUCUUGUAGUUGUUCACACUUCGCUAUGUACAGGUACUACUGGUUUUUACAGAACUGCGCUUUCGCUCCACCUGCGUGUAGUCAUUUAUCUAUAAACUCGGUUGUUCACGUACUCUAUUUAAAAAGGAAAAGAAAGAAAGAAAAAACCAAGGGAGAGUGAAAAGAAAA